CUUGUAGGUAGUGUGUUCAAUCUGGAUCCGAAUAGUACGUGAAUGUUUUGCUCGUGAUUCGGACGAUCCAUCGAAAUUGGUGGGUCAAUGACGAAGUCCAAGAAAAACUAGAGAGAUUGAAGAGUAAUCUCUGUGAGAGAGAGAGGGAGAGGUGGACACGAUCUGGAAUGUUUGUUGGCUGAAUUCAAGGAGUGUUUGGCAGAAAAGAAAAAAAAAAGGGAAAAUUACCCAUGUUCUUGGAUCGGCCGUAGAAGAAACUUUCGGGAAUUGAGUUUGAGAGAGAGAGAGAGAGUAUUGGAUCAGCUGCAGGAACCUUCUGAGCACAGAGAGAGAGAUAGAGAUGAACUUUACAAAUUGAUUUGAUAGACUGAUCUGAGAAAAUCAAUUGUAUAGGACACAGUUGAACAUAGAUUCAGAUACCCACACAGAGAACUGUGUCUGUGAGAGACCCAAUUUGCAUAUUUGUUAUUGGAUUGAUCUGAAAGAAGAGCAAUGGUUCCUGAACAUAAUUCACCAUAGAUUCACUCUCUCACACUCAUACGCACAACGAGAGAGAGGGAGAAGCAGAGUGUAUUGUUCAGGUACUAUUCUACUGCUAACAUGAGCAGCAAAGAACCAGCGAAGCUCGACGAUGAGCAAAUCGCCGAGCUCCGAGAAAUUUUCCGAUCAUUCGAUCGAAACAACGACGGAAGCCUAACCCAACUCGAACUCGGCUCCUUACUACGCUCCCUCGGCCUAAAACCAAGCCCCGAUCAGCUCGAAACACUGAUACAAAAAGCAGACAAGAAUAGCAACGGCCUAAUCGAGUUCUCGGAGUUCGUGGCACUGGUGGCGCCGGAACUUCUCGAGGCGAAAUCGCCCUACACGGAGGAGCAAUUAAAGCAGUUGUUCAGGAUGUUUGAUAGAGAUGGAAAUGGGUUUAUCACGGCGGCGGAGUUGGCUCACUCGAUGGCGAAGUUGGGCCACGCUUUGACGGCGGAGGAGCUCACCGGAAUGAUCAAGGAGGCUGAUACGGAUGGAGAUGGGAGGAUUAGUUUUCAGGAGUUCUCUCAGGCGAUCACUUCGGCUGCUUUUGACAAUUCAUGGGCUUGAAUUUAGGGAAUGAGUUUGUCAGGUCAGGCAUUGCUGAUGAAAUAGUUUGCCAGCCGAUG